UGCAGACACACCAUCGGGCGGUGCAUUCUUAGCCGGGGACUAGUUUCCAGUCCUGCACUUGGGUCUGAGUAAACAGCACCGCCCCGAUGGUUGUUUGUUUUAAGUGUGGAACGAUCCAUCGCAGCGCGCCGGGCUCGAUUGACACUGUCUGCUGAUCUGCUGCUGCGGAUUGCUCAGAAUAACAAGGGCUGCUCGCUAAUUCCCGUCCACCGGGGCUUCAGCCGAAACACCGAGAGAGUCGGGUCCUCAAAAAAAAAAAGAAAAGAAAAAGAAGAGCCAACAAGGCAGAGGCAAGAGACCGCCGCGCCGCCGGAGUCCGCACCCCAGAAUGGCUUCGGGAGACCUUUACGAGGUGGAGCGGAUCGUGGACAAGAGGCGGAACAAGAAGGGUAAGUGGGAGUACCUGAUCAGGUGGAAAGGUUAUGGAAGUAAGGAGGACACAUGGGAGCCCGAGCACCACUUACUGCACUGCGAGGAAUUCAUUGACCAGUUCAACAGCUUGAGACUGCAUUCACACAAACGGCCCAAAGCUCCAAAAAGUCGUGGAGAGCCCCUCAUCACCAGCCACCCAUCUGCUACAGAAAACAGAGCUCGGUCAGAUGCUCGAAAAAAGAAAAGGACUGGUGGCCCAGCUGUGGGGGUCGGAGUAGGACCUGUUCUCGGGAUCGGAAGUGGAGGGUCAGGGCCUUCUCUGAAGCAAAGGAAGAUGAGUGUAGGACCUGGGAAACAUACUUUAGGUGACAAAGCCAUGACCUACAAGGCUCCUCUACCAAGGGGGGCUCACUUUGUUCCCCCAGGGAGGGUUCCUCAUAAUGGACUCCAGAAUGGAGACUUGGAGCCUCUCGUGUACAGGACAGCAGCAAGGUCACAUAGACUGCCCACAGACAAAGUGGAUGGAGAACAAGGAGACACAGAUACUACUGGACAGCAGUACACCGCUGAACUAGGCUGCCCUCUUGCCAACGGAAAGAUGCAUCUGCACAGCUCAGUAAAGCGGAAGCUGGUUGACGAGAAAGGCUACGUGUUUGACAAGCGGCUCAGGUACAACGUGCGACAGAACGAGAGCAACUGUCGCUUCCGAGACAUCGUGGUCAGGAAGGAGGAGGGCUUCACGCAUGUCCUGCUCUCCAGCCAAACGACGGACAACAACGCCCUGACGCCAGAGAUCAUGAAGGAAUUGUGUCGAGCUCUGGGUAAUGCAGCCGCAGACGACAGUAAACUAUUACUGCUCAGCUCCGUGGGAACAGUUUUCUGCAGUGGUCUGGAGCUGUCCUACCUGAUAGGGCGUCUGUCCACUGACCGCAGGAAAGAGAGCAGCCGUAUCGCAGAUGCUGUGCGGGACUUUGUGUUGGCAUUCAUCCAUUUCAAGAAGCCCAUUGUGGUGGCAAUAAACGGGCCGGCUCUCGGCUUAGGAGCUUCCAUCCUGCCACUGUGUGAUGUGGUGUGGGCCAGUGAGAGGGCCUGGUUCCAAACUCCAUGUGCAGCGCUCCAUCUCACCCCCUCUGGAUGCUCCUCUUACACCUUCCCCCAGAUCCUGGGUGUAGCCUUGGCCAACGAGAUGCUGUUCUGUGGAAGAAAACUCACCGCACAAGAAGCGUGCAGUCGAGGUCUUGUGUCACAGGUCUUUUGGCCAACAACAUUUAACCAAGAGGUGAUGCUGCGCGUGAAGGAAAUGGCGUCAUGCAAUGCAGUGGUUUUAGAAGAGUCCAAAUGCCUGAUGAGGAGUAUCCUCAUGUCGCUCCUGGAGGAAGUGAAUGAGAAAGAGUGUCAGAUGCUGAAGCAGCUGUGGUGUUCAACCAAAGGACUCGAGGCCCUCUUCAGCUAUCUGCAGAACAAGGCGUAUGAGAAGUAAUCAUCUCCACCCAGGAAACCAGAGAUGGUCAGGGUGGAUGUGACACUACCUACAGAGGGACAUUCAGGAUGAGAUCUCAAAAUGAAGGAAAAGUUUCGUGAAGGUCCUUUGUUCCCAUCAAUCAGUAAGGCGAGGCGAUACACUGGAGUUCUGUUUGCUUACAUUGCUACCAACAGAAAAAAUACAUCAUCCAACCUUUUUAUUGGACCCACAACCAUCCAUUUGUUUCUCCUUUAAUAGUCAAAGAGCAAAGGGCCAAACGUGCUUUGCUGAAAUGUAGGAAGGAACAGAGUGUUUCUGCACCUGUGUGAGACUUAAUCGUCAGGAUGAAUUAAAUCAGUGUACGUCUGAAAGCACAUGAUUAAUUUAAAGUUAAUAUAUAUUAAUAUAUAUUUAUUUCAGAUAUAACAGUUGCUCUCUGUAUAUAAGUACAGGUUUCAGGAUUUUCUUUUACUCGGUUAUUGUUUUGACUUCAAUUGUAAAAACCAAAGUUGGCAUAAGGACAGUUUGUCCCUCCUUAACAUGCACAUUCCAUCCGCUCUGCAUGGACGAAGAAAACUACUAGAAAACUCAUUCAUACUCAUUUCAGAUUCACAGACCGCUUAAAGAAAGUUGAUGUGUAUUCUGUUUUUUUGAUGGAUGAUAUUUGCACCCAGCUGUCCAGAGCCAACAAGGCUAUUAUGUACCCAGUUUUAGACUCAGCUGGACCACUUCAAGAAGAAGUGCUUCAGCAGUGGUGAGAGGUUUCUGGCAGAAAGGCUUUCUGACAUGUGGAUAAUGUUGUGCAAAAGGUUUAUUUGAACAUGACCAUCUAGUUUUGUUGCCUUAACCCUAAAAAAUUGUGACUGAAAACUUCAUAUUAUUGAAAAUAAUCAUGCACGUUGCUCACUCAAUCAACAGAUUUUUAAAACGUGAAAAAACACAGACAUAACAGUUGUAACCUAUUUUUAAGAUAUUUCAAUCGUGAGGCCGCAAACACUAGACAAGACUUAUUGAGACACAGGACCUCAACAAAUAAUCUCUGAGUGGCAAUUUUCAGAGACUUGGGAAGAAACUACAUCAUCGAAUGAGACUUCAGAAUAAAAACAAACAUUCCUACUGUCCACCUGAUAUGGAAAACAAAAGUCUUAUUUAUGCUGUUGGCAGCCAUUAUUUCUGAUCUAAACACAAGUAAGCAACAUCUGGCUCACUCUCAUUGGCUAUCGCUGGUGUCUGCUCACUCACCCAAUCGCUCUUCCUUUCAUACUACACAAGUCUCCCCGAUU